CCGCACAUGACAGACGGCGCCGCAUCUCAAGCUUCGCACCUCAAGACAUGACAUUCCUCUGCCGGAGGAUACCCAUGGCCCGCAAUGGCCGCACAAUCCACAUUACGAGAACGUCAUGAUCCCCUCCUCGCCCUCUACAAGCACUCUGCCACCAUUCUCCGCACCCGCAUCGGCAACGCCUCGAAGCUCACGAAGCUCCUCUCAACAAUCACACUCGCCCUCGCCAUAAUAGGCACCGGCUAUGGAGGCAACAGAUGGUACAAGAGGCGGCGCGCUGAGAAGGAAACGGGCCGACGGCUGCUGAGAAGGAAUUCUGGGUUGAGAGGGAAGGAUGGCUCGCGGACGAUAUACGUUCCAUACCGAGACUCGACUUCUAAAGUGGUCAUCUAUCCGACGAAGCCUACGACUUUCGAUGCGCAUCGCCGUCUCUUCCUGCAGCCUCCGCGCGCGGCGCGCAUGGCCGACGGGAGCAAUCCACAAGCUCCGCCGCCGCAGACAAAGCCCGGGCUGAACCUCGCCUUCCUGCACCAAUUCCUCAGUCUCCUGAACAUAAUGAUACCGCGGUGGAAUAGCAAAGAGUCCGGCCUACUCAUAAGUCACAGUGUCUUCCUGAUGCUAAGGACGUAUCUGUCGCUGGUCGUUGCUCGACUCGACGGAGAGAUCGUGCGGGACCUGGUGGCGGGCAAUGGCAAAGCGUUCCUGUUGGGUAUUGUGAAGUGGUUAGGUGUUGGGACCUUCUCGUCGUAUACAAAUGCGAUGAUCAAGUUCCUGCAGUCGAAGGUUUCGAUUGCGUUCCGGACACGGCUCACGCGGUACAUCCACGAUCUGUACCUGAACGACAAACUCAAUUACUACAAGCUGUCAAAUCUGGAUGGAGGGGUCGGGCAAGGCGCGGAUCAAUUUAUUACGCAAGAUCUGACGCUUUUCUGCGCAGCCGCAGCAUCGCUAUACUCCUCCCUCGGAAAGCCGUUCGUCGACAUCUGCGUCUUCAAUUACCAGCUUAUCCAGUCGCUAGGCCCACUAGCGUUCACCGGACUUUUGAGCAACUAUUUCAUUACUGCAACGAUUCUGCGAAGAUUAUCACCUCCAUUUGGGAAGCUGAAAGCCGUCGAAGGCAGGAGAGAAGGCGAUUUCCGGGCGCUCCAUUCGCGACUAAUCGCCAACGCCGAAGAAGUCGCUUUCUAUGGUGGCGAUGAAAUGGAGAAGCACUUUUUAGAAGCAGGCUUCAAAGAUCUCAGGCAUUGGAUGGAGGGGAUUUACAGCCUCAAGAUCCGGUACAACAUGCUGGAAGACUUCGUGCUUAAGUAUUCCUGGUCAGCGUUCGGUUACCUCAUCACGUCGCUUCCUGUCUUCUUGCCCGCAUGGGGUGGCCUGGGCAGUGCACGGGAGCUCUCAGGAGGUGAGCGACAAAGCAGGGAAAGAAAUCGCAUGAAGGACUUCAUCACCAACAAGCGCCUUAUGCUUUCACUCGCCGAUGCCGGCGGUCGAAUGAUGUAUUCGAUCAAGGAUCUCUCCGAGCUUGCGGGCUACACCUCCCGCGUAUAUACACUCAUCAGCACGCUCCACCGCGUGCAAGCCGACGCAUACUACCCUCUCCCGGGUAGCCGACCAGAACUCUAUUCCCUUUCCGACGUCCAAGGCACCGUUCACAAAGGCUUUGACGGUAUCCGCCUAGAGCAUGUACCCGUCGUAGCACCCGCCCUGUACCCAAUGGGCGGCGACGAGCUCAUCGAAUCGCUCUCCUUCAUCGUCCACUCUGGCGAGCACCUCCUCAUUACCGGACCCAACGGCGUUGGAAAGAGCGCCGUAGCCCGCAUUGUAGCGGGUCUAUGGCCCACAUAUCGCGGCCUCGUCAGCAGGCCGCGCUCCAUCGGCGUGGACGGUGUCAUGUUCCUGCCGCAGCGCCCCUACCUUAGUACUGGCACACUGCGGGAUCAGGUCAUCUAUCCGCACACCGAGCUCGAUAUGAAGGAUGCGGGUCGACGAGACUUUGAGCUCAGCCAGAUCCUUGCGGAAGCAAGGCUGGGUUAUCUGCCUGAUCGUGAGGGUGGCUGGGAUACGAAGAAGGUUUGGAAAGACGUGUUCAGCGGUGGAGAGAAGCAGAGAAUGGGUAUCGCGAGGUUAUUGUACCAUGAACCGCGGUAUGCUUUCAUCGAUGAGGGAACCAGUGCUGUCUCCUCCGAUGUCGAAGGCCUUCUCUAUGAGCGUGCCAAAGCCAAAGGAAUCACCCUAAUCACCAUCUCCACCCGUGCCUCGCUAAAACGUUAUCACACCUUCACGCUCACCCUCGGCCAGGGCGAGCAGGGCGACGAAUGGGAGUUCCAGCGCAUCGGCACCGAAUCUGAAAAGUCCUCCGUCGAGAAAGAACUCCACGAACUGCGCGAGCGCCUCGCAAAGGUGGAAGAGUGGAAGCAACGGAAGCAGGAGAUCGAUGCAGAGUUAUCCAAAGUCUGGGUGGACGGCGGAGACGAACUAGCACCGCCGCCAUACGCUGAGAAGGAAGUGGCGGGUAAGCAGGUGAAAGAGGAGGAUGAUUUUGCUGUGGAAUCGGGCGAAGAGCGGUAAGAUCAUUGCUCGAAUAUCGUCGGGCUAGUGGAGUUCUUAGAAUUGGUACGCAUAGAGUCAUGUAUACAUAUAUUUUAUAUAUAUAUAUAUAUAUAUAUAUAUAUAUUUGGCUUGUGG